GCGUGGCUCCCCCCUCGCGCACUGGACGCUCGCCUCUCGCGCAGGGUUUGGCGUGGAGCUCGUGCAGGACUGGCUGUGCUCAGCGCCACUUCCGGCUUCCGUCAUUUCAUUCUCCCGCCGAUGCGCGCAGCUCAACUCACUGUGUUCUAUAAGCGAGCGAGCGGCCGACCUGCCAACACUCACUGACACUCACUCAUCUCCGACCGCGCACGAGACCGGCGCAUUUCUCUUUUCAAAAACUCUUCUCUUUUUCCCUCUUUUUUCCUCGUCUAAAUCCUCCUCUCUACACUCUCGCAGUGGUAGUGGUAGUAAUAAAACAAGAAAGCGGACCGGAGGCAUAAAGGAGACAGGGACUUGUGGGAUGAAAACGGGGCUCUAAAAAGAUUCAUCCUCUCCCGAACAUCAUCACCAACCAUCAUUCAUUCAUUACCUUGACAACCUCUGGCUUUGAUUGACAGCUGGAGUGGCAAAAAGCCAUGAGACACGACAGUUUAGUUACAUGCAGGUUGUUGAUGGGCCGGCUGUAACCUUCAGUUUGGUGCUUGACUUUUUUUUUCUUCCCUUUCUUUUCUGGGGGGCAAAGAGGAAAAGAAGAAUAAUUGCAAAACUCUUCCCGAUGCCCGCGCUCGUCCGUUUUGGAGAAUAGGAGAGAAUUCGGCUCGAAAAAGGGGGCAUCUUUGCGGCGCAUGAGUUUGUGAGCGGACUGGGAAAUUAAAUCUACGACACAGAUCCAGAGGUUUAUUGGAGCGCAGGCUGAUGGCGCAAAGGUACGAUGAGCUGGCUCACUACGGCGGCAUGGACGGGGUCGGGAUGUACGGGGAUCCACACGCGCCUCGGCCGCUCCCGCAGGUCCACCAUCUCAACCACGGACCGCCGCUCCACGCGAGCCAGCAUUACGGCACACAUGCCCCCCAUCCCAAUGUCAUGCCCACCAGCAUGGGCUCAGCUGUCAACGACGUGUUAAAGAGGGAUAAAGAUCAAAUUUACGGCCAUCCCCUGUUUCCCCUGCUGGCUCUGGUCUUCGAGAAGUGCGAGCUGGCCACAUGCACUCCCCGCGAGCCCGGGGUGGCCGGCGGAGACGUCUGCUCCUCGGACUCCUUCAACGAGGACAUCGCUGUGUUCGCCAAACAGGUCCGCGCGGAAAAACCUUUAUUUUCUUCGAAUCCAGAGUUGGAUAAUUUGAUGAUACAAGCCAUACAAGUAUUACGGUUUCAUCUUUUGGAGUUAGAAAAGGUGCACGAACUCUGCGAUAAUUUCUGCCAUCGGUACAUCAGCUGUUUGAAAGGAAAAAUGCCCAUAGAUUUAGUGAUCGAUGAACGGGAUGGCAGCUCAAAAUCAGACCACGAGGAACUCUCGGGAUCUUCGACCAACUUAGCCGAUCAUAAUCCGGCGUCCUGGAGAGAUCACGACGACGCCACGUCCACACACUCGGCCGGCACACCGGGACCCUCCAGCGGAGGCCUGGCAUCGCAGAGCGGAGACAACAGCAGCGAACAAGGAGAUGGUUUAGACAACAGCGUGGCCUCACCCGGCACGGGUGACGAUGACGAUCCGGAUAAGGACAAAAAGCGGCAGAAAAAACGCGGCAUCUUCCCCAAGGUCGCCACCAACAUCAUGCGGGCGUGGCUUUUCCAGCAUCUCACCCACCCGUAUCCUUCAGAAGAGCAGAAAAAGCAGCUGGCUCAGGACACCGGCCUCACCAUCUUACAAGUAAACAACUGGUUCAUUAACGCCAGAAGAAGAAUAGUGCAGCCCAUGAUCGACCAGUCAAAUCGAGCAGGUUUUCUUCUUGAUCCUUCAGUGAGCCAGGGAGCAGCGUACAGUCCAGAGGGGCAGCCAAUGGGCAGCUUCGUGCUGGACGGGCAGCAACACAUGGGCAUCCGGCCAGCAGGUCUGCGAGGCGUGCCGGGGGGAGUUUCGUACCUCAGUGGUCCUGUGGGCAUGAGCAUGGCAUCACUGACCCCUCCACCCAAAAGCCCCUCGUCUCCUGCGUUUGUCAGCCUCCAUCCCGUGCGGCCAUGCUAAUGCGCGGAGAGCCCUCCUCCACCUCCAGCAGAAUGACCACGACCUUUGACCUCCCCCCCCUGACCACAGCGCUGCUGGACCGGCGACCCAAGGGAACCGACCAACACCAUCACGGAUGAACUGGACAAUAACCCCUCGACAGAUUUCUCCUUAGUUUUUGUUGUUGUUGUUGUUUUUUUUUGAAGGAAAAGAGAACAACGGUGGAGUUCCAGACGAGCUGUGAUCGUUUUUUAAUCUUGUGAAUUUUGUUACUGGAGGACCAAGAGUCGCUUUGUAAAGUCUGUUCAACAUCAGCCGAGGAUGUUUCAAUCGAACUGUAAAGAUGAUCAAGAAAAAAAGAGACUCCAAGAGUUCAAACUACUGUAGUAUAAAAGCAUAGAAACUAAAUUAAAUUGUGUACAUUUUUAUCACUCACUUCAUGUCUGAUGAGCUAGUCCUAGAGUAAAACCCUGUUUUUCACACUGUGUGUGCUGAAGAUCCGAAGCAGAGGAGCUCCGAUCGCAGCGUUAAGCGACCUGCCGAUUGAAGCCCGCUGUUUUUCGCGAAACCCCGCCUCUUUUUGUUUCGUCAUGCAUAUUUUGGUCCAUGAAUGAAUGUUGCCCUGUAGGUGAAGUUCUUCGUUUUGAAUUGCCCAAGCACUGGAUUGUGUUGCUUUUAUACGUUUUAUUUUAUUAUUAUUAUUAUUAAUAUUAUUAUUAAUUUUGUAUCUUGGACUCUCAGAGUAAGAGCCUUAUGAAGGACGUGUAUCCUCGAGAAAAAAAAAUACAAAACAACACCAACAACAAUUUCACCCCUGGGGAUCAAAUAUAUAUAUAUAUAUGAAUCUGCCAUACGGACCGACACACGUGGAUUCUCUCAGUCCUUUGGCACAUAUACAACGGAGGAAGACUUUUAAAGGAUGAAAAAAAAACUUAAAUUAUGAACUCAAAGCUUGAGAGAAUAUUGUAAGAAAUCUUCGUACAGAGUUCAGUCUAUUAAUUGUUUCAUGUUAGAUAUUCUAUGUGUUUACCUCAAUUGAAGACGAAUGUUUUUUGCUAGUUUCAGAUCUGCUGUGGCAUUGAUAUUGUAUGUCCAUGAAUCCCCCCCCCCCCUUUAAAUCCUUCCUUUCUCAGCACGUGCUCCUCACUAGAAGAUGAAAUACUGUCUCCUUGAGCUUUGUCAGAAAUACAUUCAAUACUUUUAUGUAUGAGGACUGUGGCGUAAUGUUUCAAAGGUGUUCAGUCACAAAUGCUGUAAUAAAUAUUUCAUUUUUUUUGA